AUGACUCUUGCUUUCCAAUUGGCUGUUUUUGCAUUAAUUGCUACUUCAUCAAUCUUAUUGAUUGGCGUACCCGUUGUAUUUGCUUCUCCUGAUGGUUGGUCAAGUAACAAAAAUGUUGUAUUUUCAGGUACAUCAUUAUGGAUUGGAUUAGUCUUUCUGGUGGGUAUCCUUAAUUCUCUCAUCUCUUGA